AUGGCCUCCGAGCAAUCACCAUCUCCAUCGCCGCCGCCGCCGCCGCCUGCUCCCACCACCGUAAUCGAUCUCGGCGACGAUCUCCUCCGCGAAAUCUUCCUCCGCCUCCCCUCCCUCCCGAGCCUCGUCCGUGCCGCCCUCAGCUGCCGCACCUUCCUCAACGCCGUCCGCUCGUCCCCCGUCUUCCGCCGCAGCUUCCGCGCGGCCCACCCACCCCCUCUCCUCGGCUUCUUCUUCGACCCCGACGGCCCCGCCAUCCCUGCCUUCGCCCCCGUCCGCCGCCGCUCCGACCCUGACAGCGCAGCCGCCGUCCGCGGCGCCGAUUUCUUCUUCACCCGCCUCCCCGACGACGACGACGCCUCCCCUGGGUGGCUCGUAUGCGACUGCCAGGGAGGCCACGUGCUCCUCUGCAACAGAAGGACGGGACAGUUCGCCGCCUACAACCCCCUCACAGGGGCCCUGGAUCUCAUCCCUCCGACGCCCAACGAGUUCUUCGACGACGGCCACGGCCUUACCUCGCACCUCGAUUGCUUCAUCCUCGCCUCCGAAGAGGGCGACGGGCCGUUCCGCCUUGUCACUAUCUGUCACGACGAGUCGCGGGUGCGCGCCUCCGUCUUCUCGUCAGAUAGCAGGGAGUGGCGGAUCCUCCCGUGGUCUGAGGCUGUGGAGCCACUGCCUGAAGACGAACACUGGCUUAAAGUUGGCACGAUGGUGAAUGGGUCCAUCUAUUGGAUACAAGCAAAUGAAGCCGGCUUGCUCGUGCUGAACACCGCAACGCUACAAUUCUCUCAGAUGGAUCUGCCACCCUUCUUGGAAGGAAAAACUCACCUUGUGUGGCCUGGCAUGGCCAAGGACGGGAGGCUUUGUAUCGUUUGCCCAGUUGAUUUUGGUAUCCAUGUUUGGUUCUGGCGAGCCGAUGAGAAAGGCUUCGAGAGAUGGAUGCUAGACAAGAAGUUUCAGUUAGAGUUAAAGUCGAUUGUUGAGGCCACUGGGCGUUCACUAGAAGAUGUUGAGCUGCAUAUUGUGGAUACUGUCGAUGGGUUUGUGUACUUCUCUACCGGUGAAACGUUCCAUAAUGUUCACGCUCCUUCGUGGUUCCUGUCUUUGUGCAUGGAGACGGCGAAGCUGGACAAGCUCUUUGAGAAGAGAUGUGACAGCCAUGUCCGGCCCUACAUCUUGGCAUGGCCUCCCUCUUUGGUAAAUAACAAGUUGUGCCCUCUACUUGAAGGAGAAGGUGCUUGA